AUGACUCUGACCGAGGCGGAGGUGCGGGCCAUCAACCUGAUAGAGGUGCUGCAAGAGGAGGCAGACGAUGAUGGUCGGCUGGUGCCAGAGCCGCCCGAGGAGGCGCGCACAUGGUCGGAGCAGCAGAUCAGGGCCUAUUUCAAGAGCGGCGGCGCGGCGGUCCCUGGCCCUGCAACGGAUGCAGCAGCAGCAGUGGCAGACUUGGCGGCGCGUUUCCCGCCACCCGAUGCCGCCACCUUUGCCCGCUGGCUGCGCAUCCUGUGCUUCCCCAACGCUGGCAACGCCGAGGACAUGUACACGUCAGAGGGGACGGGAGUGCGGCGCGCCCCCUCGCCGCUGCUGGACUGGUGCCGCGCCAACGACGCCGAGUGCCUGGCGGUGCAGCCCCCCGGGCGCAACAUGCGCGGCAAGGAGCCCCCGUUCACGAGCUGCGAGGCGCUGGCGGCGGCGCUGCUGCCGGUGCUUGCCAGCCGGCUGCUGGGGGCGCCGUACGUGGUGGUGGCCCACAGCGUGGGCACCUGGAACGCGUACGAGUUCCUGCGCCUGGCACAGCAGCAGGGCCUGCCCAUGCCAGCCAAAGUCUUCCUGUCAGGCAAGCUGAGGUGGAGGUGCUGA